UUCUGUGGGCUUUCGGUAGAGGUUGGAAAUUUUAAUAGUAUCAUCAUUAUUAAUUUUUUUAAAUAAAUCAUUUUUCAUUUCUCUGUUUAAAUUUGAAUUCAAUAAUCAUCCUAUCAUAAUCAAAUAAAAAUUUCCAUUUCGUUAUUCACCUAGCUAAUCAUAAUUAUCAUUGUUUUCAUCUAGUAUUUGAAAAUCUACUCUUAUCCCCUCAUGUAUUGAUUAAUUCGAAGAAGAAAUCAUGAACAUGAACAUGAACAUUGCUGCUACCAAUUUCAACAACGCUUCUUCUUCUUCCUCCUACGUCUCUUCUCAGUGUAACCGUUUCACCUCAUUCAACCAUAGGCGUAGUGCUUCUUUUUCUUCUAAUAAAUUUGCUAUAGGUCUCAGUAAUGGCCCACACUUACUUUCACUCAGAAAUUCCCGCUUCGUAACCCUUCGUUUCUCUAAACCCUCACCAAAACCUUGUUUCGCUUCUUCUCAUCAUUCUCACCUCAAUCAACAAUCUCUUCUCGAUGAUGAAUCUCAUCGCGAUUCCGACGCCGACGCCGACAUCGAAACCACACCUGAAUUACCGGUUGAUCAAAUUCAAAAUCAAAAUCAGAAUGAAAAUGGAAAAGGUUUCUCGAUUUCGGAUGUGAAACGUGAGAUUAUAUCGCUUUCUUUGCCUGCACUUGCUGGACAAGCUAUUGAUCCAAUCGCACAGUUGAUGGAAACUGCUUACAUUGGUCGACUCGGGACUGUUGAAUUGGCUUCUGCUGGUGUUUCUGUUUCCAUCUUUAAUAUCAUUUCGAAGCUAUUUAAUAUUCCACUUCUUAGUGUUGCUACUUCUUUUGUUGCUGAAGAUAUGGCAAAUGUUGCUAAAAAUUCUGAUUCUGCUUCAGAUCAGGGUGGUAGUACAAAAAUUAGUGAUUACAGUAACCCUUUCACAACAGUUUAUGAAAGAAAGCAACUCUCCUCUGUUUCCACUGCUUUGCUAUUAGCUAUGGGGAUUGGCAUUUUUGAGGCGUUGGCUUUGUGUUUUGGAUCUCGAACAUUUCUUCGUUUGAUUGGUGUAUCAUUGGGAAAUCCAACACUUGUUCCGGCACAAAAAUUUCUCUCGUUAAGAGCAUUUGGUGCUCCUGCAGUUGUACUUUCUUUGGCUCUUCAAGGAAUUUUUCGUGGUUUUAAGGAUACCAAAACUCCUGUUAUAUGUCUAGGCAUUGGUAAUCUUUCAGCGGUCUUUUUAUUUCCCUUACUUAUGUAUCACUUUAAGUUGGGUGUAGCCGGUGCAGCCAUUUCCACUGUUCUCUCUCAAUAUAUUGGGACCUUGUUGAUGAUCUGGUGUCUAAAUAAGAGAGCUGUGUUACUACCUCCAAAAAUGGGAAACUUGCAAUUUGGCGGUUAUAUUAAGUCUGGUGGUUUCGUUAUUGGCAGAACACUUGCUGUUCUUACAACCUUGACAUUGGGGACAUCAAUGGCUGCUCGUCAUGGUCCAGUAGCUAUGGCUGCACAUCAAAUAUGCAUGCAAGUGUGGUUAGCCGUUUCCCUUCUUACAGAUGCAUUGGCUGUAUCUGGUCAGGCCCUAAUUGCAAGUUCUAUAUCAAGACAUGAAUACAAAGUUGUGAAGGAAAUUACUCAUUUUGUAUUAAAGAUUGGACUGCUGACAGGCCUCUGCCUGACUGCAAUUCUGGGUGUAUCCUUUGGAUCUUUAGCUACCCUUUUCACCCAGGACUUGGAAGUUUUGCAGGUUGUCAGAACUGGAGUGUUGUUUGUCAGUGCUUCUCAACCUUUUAAUGCACUGGCUUAUAUUUUUGAUGGUCUCCAUUAUGGUGUUUCUGAUUUCCCGUAUGCUGCUUUCUCCAUGAUGAUUGUGGGAGCAUUCUCCUCAGCAUUUUUGGUAUUUGCCUCUCCUCGUUUUGGCCUUCGUGGUGUAUGGAUGGGCUUGACUCUCUUCAUGGCACUUCGAGCAGCAGCUGGUUCUGUCAGAUUACUAUCAAAGAAUGGUCCGUGGUGGUUUCUACACAAGGAUUUUCAGAUUACAAAGACGGUCUCUUAAUUCUUAAGACAGGGAAUAUGGAUGAAACUGUGGACCUGACAUUUUACUCUCUGCACAGGAUACCGUAUUUAGAGGUUAAAUUGGAAUUUUGAUUUUUCUGUAGUGCUUAUUGUAAGAAAUAAUUUUUAGAAGUACUUCUGUAACCACUGUAACCAAUCAGUUACCAAUGUUGUCCAUAGUACAUCAAAAUGCGGUGUAGAACAGCCAGUAUUGUAGAGAUAAGUAGACCAUCUUAGUUAUGUAAUCCUAGUAGACAACUAUUACUUUGAGAAAUUACGGGCGACUCAUACUGAAAAUGAAACCAAUUUUGUGCAUGAACAAAAAAUUUAUGUGAUA